ACAUUCUCCCCUCCCCUUUUGGAUUCUCUCCAGCCCUCUUCCCUUUUGGAUUCUCUCCACUUCAAGUCCACAAACUAAUUAUAUUAUUUCAUGAUUUAAUUUACUUUAACUGCGAGUCCCCUCGAUAAAUAUCCGCCACUUUGGCCUUCUGAGCUCAAGAAACAAAGAUGAUGGAUGAUUCAGACAUCGAAGCAACAGCGACAUUGCUCGAAAUGCAAGCAACACUACCCAAUAUUGACGGAUUUCAAACUCUGCCAGAAGCUCGUCAACCAAAUGCAGAACCAAAUGCAGCCAACGCCCCUCCAAAUAACUUAAGAGCAAGGGCAGCCGUCCACAGACCUCCAGGAGUCCCUGAUAACUUGCAAGAAUUAGCAUGGGGUGCAAGAAGACGUCGUUCUGCAAGACCACAGCAUCAAUCAGUGGCACUGGUUGAGUGGGGUGCAAGAAGAGCACGUUCAGCAAGAGGCAGGUUGCAAGAUUAAUCUAUUUCAAUUAGAGAAACAUAUUUUUGUUUAUACCUAUGUUUCUGGUUGCAUAUGAGAUGUUACUGUGUAUUUUUUAAAUGUUAACUCAUAAUUUAUAUCUUUCUUUUAUUUAUAAUUCAUUUAUGUUAGGUUAUAAUUUAAUUAAAUUUACUAUUAUUU